CCUGUCUCUCUCUUUUUUUUUCUUUUCAAAUGGACGUCGUAUCUACCACCACCCUGCCUCUCUCAGAGCUUCCUCAGUCUAGCGAUGAGAUGGAUAUGGACAACGAUGUCUACUUCGAUCGCACCACGUCUUCGCUACCUGCCAGCGCCUUAGACAGAGCUGCCAUGGCUAAACUCAGACUUGAGAACUACUACAAAGACGCAAUUGGAAGGGCUAUAGAACGCAAACAACGAUACACCGAUUUGGAAGCCAAAUUGACCGCUGGCAAAACUAGCGAAGAGCGCAAGCAAAAGCAACUACAAGCUUUAGGUGAUAAGGAGUCAGAUUUUCUCAAACUGAGGCGAACGAGAUUGACUCUUACCGACUUUAUCACCAUUAAAGUCAUUGGGAAAGGUGCUUUUGGAGAGGUCAGAUUGGUGCAAAAGGAGGACACUGGAAAGAUUUACGCUAUGAAAACAUUGAGAAAGGCUGAUAUGAUGCAAAAGGACCAGUUAGCACAUGUAAAGGCAGAAAGAGAUGUGCUCGCUGAAUCCAAUUCUCCAUGGAUUGUUCAGCUCUAUUAUUCGUUCCAAGACUCUCAAUACUUGUAUCUGAUUAUGGAGUUCUUACCGGGUGGUGAUUUGAUGACUAUGCUUAUCAAAUACGACACGUUCUCUGAAGAUGUGACUCGAUUUUACAUGGCAGAAUGUAUUCUUGCCAUUGAAUUCGUACACAAGAUGGGUUUUGUACACAGAGAUAUAAAACCAGACAACCUAUUAAUUGACAAAGAUGGCCAUAUCAAACUGAGCGACUUUGGUCUAUCAACUGGGUUUCAUAGAACACACGAUUCACAAUACUACCAACGACUGAUGACUGCAAACAGAGACAAGGAUAACACAUCCGUCUCGAUGCCAAAAUCUGGUAGUAUCACCCUGACAUUGUCCAGCAAAGAUAAAAUUGAAACAUGGAAGCGAAACAGACGAGCACUGGCGUAUUCCACGGUCGGUACGCCAGAUUAUAUUGCGCCAGAAAUAUUUCAACAGCAAGGUUAUGGACAAGAGUGUGACUGGUGGUCACUUGGUGUCAUUAUGUUUGAGUGCCUAUGUGGAUAUCCUCCAUUCUGCUCUGAGAACCAUCAUGAAACAUACCGAAAAAUCAUGUCCUGGAGAGAAAGCUUGAUAUUUCCGGAUGAUAUUGUUCUAAGUUGGGAAGCAGAGGAUCUGGUCAGACGAUUAAUAUGCUCGCCUGAUCAGCGUUUGGGAAGGAACGGGGCGGAAGAGAUAAAGGCGCAUCCAUAUUUUGCAGGCUUCAAUUGGGAUGGGGUUCGUGAAAGCGUUGCUGCUCACGUACCGCAGCUUCAAAGCAUCACCGACACCAGCUACUUCCCAACCGAGGAUUUAGAUCAAGUGCCGGAUAUGCCAAGUAUGGAGGACUCUCAACCACAUCCGUCGGACGCACAAGCCGAUCUAGCAUUUGUAGGCUACACAUACAAGAGAUUCGAAUACCUCACUAGCAAGAACGCUUUGUAAGGAAAGCUGACGAUCUGUGCCAGCGAAGACGGCGUUAUAUCCAUCGAUGAUACCUUAGCGAUAUGCCACCCAUAUCGGCUAUCAUUUCAUACCCGUAAAAGAAAAUUCUAACUUAAAAUACGUUCGUA